AAGCAGGAAACGAUGAUGUUUCUUUUUGAUAUUUUUUUUUUCCUGAGCUAUACAGUCUUAUGAGCACACAUGCAGACAUGAAGAAACUUUUUGGUAGCGUUUUACUAAGCCUUCUCACAUUUGUAUCAUCUGCCAAUGCAGGUUCCCACUCUCUGUGCUCGGUGGCGACGUUCGUCAUCGGAGAGACGCCUUUCCCUGAGUUCACCGUCCUGAUCAUGCUGGAUGAUAUAAUAGUCUCAAGCUAUGAUUCACACCAGCAAAAGACAGUUAUGCGAAUAGACAGAGCAAUAAAUGAUGAAGAGCAGUAUUUUUCGAAAUUGAUAUUCGGAGCACUGCACAAAGAAAUGCAAACACGAGCACAUCAUCUGAAGCAGCACUUCAACUGUUCCAAAGGUGUCCAUGUGGAACAGAGGCUGGAUUGUUGUGAAUUGCUGAGCAAUAACGUGCAAGGACAAAUGAAGAUGAUCGAUUCUUUCAACGGCUUGAGUGGAUUUGAGAUGGACUAUAAUAUACACCAGCAUUCGCUGCACGCCGAUGUGACGUGGCCUAUAGCCUUUGAUACGUCCAAGUAUGACUAUCACAAAGCAUUGUACCUCCAUGUCCUGCAACCUUUAUGCACGACAGCAUUACAUGAAUUACUUAAAACUUUGAAGAACUAUGUACUGAGGAAAGUGAAGCCCAAAGUGAGACUCAUGAAACAACUCAACUCGGACUCCGGAGGUGCUCGUCUGACCUGCCUGGCCACCGGGUUUUACCCACGACACAUCAACGUGGCGAUACUGAAAGAUGGCCAGGGCGUACCUGAGGACCUCAUCACUACAGGAGAUAUUUUGCCUAAUGCAGAUGGAACCUAUCAGAUGAGGAAGACUGUAGAGAUCAGUGCUGAAGAGCUCCAACAGAAGCACAACUACACCUGCACUGCUACGCACCUCAGCCAGGACAACAAAAUGAACGUCUACUGGGAAAUGCUGCUCACAGAUGACAGACCGGGUCCAAACAUUACUGUAAUCAUCAUCAGCGUACUAUUUGUGUGUGCAAUCACUUCAACAGUCGCCCUGGUUAUAUGGAAGAGAAGGGGUGCGGUUUCUCAGGCAUCCUCUCAGACGGACUAUUCUUCUGCCUCGACCACGGAGGAUGAGACGUGUGAAAAGUAGGACAAGAAUCUUUGGGACACUGCAACAUAUUGUAUAAGCUGUGUGCAAAGCUGAAAAUUAGUUUUGUAUUCAGUUUUUUAUGUUUCUUUUUUCUGUUUUUUCUUUUUUUUUUUAACAUAAAUUGCUUUAUUUAUUUAUUUAUUUAUUACUUUUUAAGCUUAUAUGUGCACUACCUUAAGAUUAAUUUGGUAUAACUUGCUUGUUCAUAUACAUUUUAAAAACAGUAUUAGGUUUAAGCACACGUUUAGCCAGCAUUUAUGUUUAUUUGUAAGCAAAGUUUGCCCUAGAGCAUAAUAAUAAUACAGCUAUUUGUAUAAUACAGCUAUUAUCCCUCUUCUUCUUCAUCUCUUGCACUUGCAUCCAAUCACUUACUUCUGACCGCAUGUCUGCUUGUUGCCAAGCAACAGUCUCUCUGUCGCUGUUACCUAGGUUACGGGUGUCUGGGUAGCUGCUUCUGUAAAUGUCGUUGAGCUAUAAGAUGCUAAUUGCUCGGAUAAGCUGUUUUGUCAAAGCAAUACAAAAGAAUACAAUUAUUAAAGGACUUCUCUGAAA